GGACUUCGGAUGUCUCUCCAAAGUUGAGAGCAAAAAGAAGAUGAUGAUAAGAUUAGGAGGCAGCUGUCUUAAAUUGCCUCUGCAAGGUAACCGCCACCAACUACCGCCGCCGCCGCAAAUACUGACUCCAUUAUCGACCAAAUGCACACUAACCAAACAAGCUCACCGCUUCCUCUCCACCCUGACCUCCACCGCUUUGCGAGACUCAUCUGCCUCCGCCAUUGAUAAGUUGAUACGGAAGUUCGUGGAAAGUUCACCCAAAUCCGUGGCUCUUCGCGUCCUCUCCCAUCUACUCUCUCCUCGCAUCUCCCAACCCCAUCUCUCGUCUCACGCCCUUCCCUUGUACAGGAGAAUCACUGAAGCUUCUUGGUUCAAUUGGAAUCCCAAGCUUGUGGCGGACCUCGUGGCCUUGCUUGAUGAACAAGGACGCUUUGACGAAUGGGAAAUGCUGAUUUCUGACGCCGUUUCGAAGUUAGAGCUACGAGAGCGAGAGCUCGCUCUUUUCUACUGCAACUUGAUCGAGUCUCACUCCAAGCAAGGUUCACAGCGAGGUUUCGAUGCUUCUUACGCUCGCCUAAUUCAGCUUCUUCACAAUUCUGACUCUAUUUACGUAAAACGCCGAGGUUACGAAUCGAUGGUAAGUUUGUGCACAAUGGAUCGGCCUCGUGAAGCCGAGAACAUGUUUGAAGAAAUGCGCGUGGGGGGACUGAAACCAUCACGAUUUGAAUUCAGGUGUGUGUUGUAUGGGUAUGGAAGGUUGGGGUUGUUUGAAGAUAUGCAGAGAAUUGUGGUCCAAAUGAAGAACGAAGGGGGAUUGGACACGGUCUGUUCGAAUAUGAUUCUGUCGGCGUAUGGAUCUCACUUCGAGCUGGCAGAAAUGGCUUUGUGGCUUCGGAAAAUGAAAGCUUCGAGCAUUCCCUUCACUGUCCGGACGUACAACUCGGUCUUGAAUUCGUGCUCAAAAGUCAUGGCAAUGCUACAAGACAUGGAUGGUUUACCGCUUUCGAUUGAGGAGCUGAGCAGCGUUCUGAAUGGUGACGAGGCUUUGGUGGUGAAAGAAUUGGUUGGGUCGCGUUCGGUUUUGGAGGAGGUAAUGGAGUGGGAUUCUUUGGAGGUCAAGUUGGAUUUGCAUGGAAUGCAUUUGGGUUCGGCCUAUUUGAUAACAUUGCAAUGGGUGAAGGAGUUUCGCCACCGUUUGAAGGAUGGAAAGCAUGCAAUUCCGGGGCAGGUUAUUGUGGUGUGCGGGUCGGGAAGGCAUAGCAGUGUUAGAGGUGAAUCACCUGUGAAAGGUUUGAUCAGGAAAAUGAUGGCUCGGAUGAAGAGUCCGAUGAGGAUUGAUCGGAAGAACGUUGGCUGUUUUGUUGGCAAGGGAAAAGCUGUGAGAGACUGGUUAUGUUGAUUGAAAUAAAAGCAUGCAUUGUUACUGUGGUGGUGGUUAUACAUCAAGGUAUAUGCCUCACAAAUAAGAACAGUUCGAAUUUGAAUGAAGGGAAAACUCGUGGGUUUAGUGUCAAAUUUAAGAUAGUAUAGCUAGGCAAAAGAUCAGCCGAUUCUCCAAAAUGAAGUUGAAUGUCAAGGCAUCGAGCGUACCGAUGUCAGCCAGCAGAUUUAUGUAAAGCUUUAUAACUUGCAGCUUCAUCCAAGGUGACAUGAAAGUAGCUGACAACAUUACAGAAACAGAAAUUAUAUACAAAGAAAUAAAUUACAAUGAGGUACAA